ACUAAACACUACGCACCCCCUCCUCUCCCACGCGCCCGAGCCAGCCAAAGCUUGCCGCGCGUGCAUCCCAGCGCCGUUUGUUGAGUCUGUUGCUGCUCCCUGGCUCGCCGCAGCCGUGCCCGUCGAUUUCGUGUGUUGGGGGGGCCAGCCCGGACCGACGACGCCGUAGCCGCGGCAUUGCUCACUCCCUCGCGAGUUUGAGCAGUGGAGGAGGGCCUCCCCGGCUCGACGUAGUAUAUCAUCGCGUCGUCGUACGAUCUGCCUGCUUCUCGGAGCGCGUCGCCGACGUUUCCUUCCAUGGGAUUAUCGCCGGUCGUCGGCCUCUGACAGCUGCGUGUAUUGUUCUACGCGGCACGGCCUGACGUGGUACCACCAUCAUGGCUUCGACCUCGAGCAGCGCCAGGCGCAUGCUGAGGCUGGCCAGCCACCUGGCCCGGCCUAUGGUCGCCGGUAGCAGUGUGAAGCCUGCGGCGGUGGUCUCGGCGCACUGCUGCUGGCCAGUGUCGGCGCCCGGAGCCAUUGUUGCUCUGCGAGGUUUCAGCAGCGGGCCGCUGUGUUGCCAGAUGCAGACCACUGAGCUAUACCGCGAAGAGGCCAUUCCGCUGCAGAAGGCCGAGCAGAAGACCACCGUGGUCCACGAGGGACCCUACAAAGAACGGCACGUCACGGUACACGCGUGCGCCGAGCUCUUCCGCGAGUGGAAGCGCAGCCGGCCGGGCUACAAGUACGUCAACGAGGAAGGCGUGAGCGUUCCGCUCACCUACAUCCACACGGGUCUGGACCGCCAGGCGGCGCCCGACGCGCCUGUCGUGUUCGCGCUGCACGGGGCGCCCGGCACGUAUCGAGAGUUCGACUCCCUGACGCCCGUGCUCGACGCACAGGGCGCGUCGGUCAUCGUGCCCACCUUGCCAGACCUGAAUUUCAGCAUGAAAACGCAGAGCUUCUGGCACUCGGUAGAAGAGCGGACGGACCUCCUCAAGAAGUUCCUCACGGCCAUCAACGUUCGAGAGAUCGACAUGAUGGUCGCACACAGUAGUUCCAUGUAUCCAAUGCUCUGGCUGGCAUUACGAGACCCGGAAAUCAAGAUUAAAUCCCUAGUGUUCAUCGCCCCUUCUGGCUGCCGGAGAAUCACGCAGCUGAGCCCAUACUGGCUGAUGAAGAGCUUUGACGAGUGGUUCCGGGUCCCCUGGCUGCAGCAUUUCAUGUGCGAGCUUGCAGUGUAUAUCGUGCGUGUACUGGGCAAGCCCAACAACAAUCAGAUGAAGGGCACCAUCCUGUCCAUGAUCACCGUUAGGAAUUCCAAAUACGAUGAGGCGGGGCCCAUGGUAUGCGAGUUGAAACGGCGCGGAGUGCCAAUGCUGAUGCUGUAUGGUGAGCGGGACAAGCUCAUUGAUGCCGUGAUCAGCGAGGAGAUGGCUGCCAUGAUGGGCGUGGAACCAGCUCUCAUGCAUGUCUACAAUGGCAGGGACGACACGUCCUCUGUCUUAUUACAGUCUGGCAAACUUGCGGGCAACUGUGAAGUCGUCUGCUUCAAGCAAGGAACGCACUAUGCAUUUAAGAAGUACCCAAACAUUUUUAACAAUGUUAUACUUGAGUUCUGGAAGAGGAAUGAAGACAGUCGCACUUGAUUUAGUGUACAGAAUUUUACGCUGUUUUUUUAGAUAGCAGUCUGAGUGGUGCCUUCAGAUUUGCCAGACAUUUGCAAGUGUUUCUGUGAGUGCAUCUAUUCUUAUGCAGUUGUGUUUAAUGUCCAUUUAUUUGCACAAAUGUGUAACUUAGUUCAGCCUGAGCAAUCUGAUUGCCGGGGCACCCCAACUAUGCACUUGCUCCGUAUUAACAGGCCACGUUUGUAUUCUCCACUAGCACCAAGAAAUGACACAUUUUUGGUAUGUGGUUGUCGCCACGAUUUACGCAAGUUUCUGCAAGGCUGUGCCUAUGGUAGUUCAAAUGUCUUUCAGGCUUUUUGCUAACAAUUGAAAACCCUCACGGAAGCACCAAAGUAAAAAAAAUAUCACAAAUUAACUCCAAUCUCAAUUAAUUCUGGGGACUGAUGCUACAAGGCAACACAAGUGUUUAUAGAACAGUUGAAAUCUCUUAAGAUGCAGUAUUUGUUCUGCAAUCAUGUUUAUUGGCAGAGCACAAAGACAAUACAGCCAUCCGCUCGUAUGCAGAUGGCUGUGACGAUCAUGGCUAACACUUGCACCAUUUUUCCAAACAUGCAAUGAUGUCAAGAGUGCGUGGCUAGAAAUGCAGGGAUCAAUAUUCAAUGACGCUCUUACUAGGUCAUUCAUUUAUCGAAUGCCACCUGAAGUGAUAAAUAUGCCCACGUUCACAGUGGAUGUCAUGUAAGAUAAACACCAAAAGCUAGCAGCUAUUGUAAACCAAUGCUUAUAUACUAUAUUGUUAUCUUAUCGACCGACACAAUUAAAUGAACUUGUUUUA